AUGGGGACUCCACAAUUCCCAGAUCUAGGCAAGCAUUGUACAGUUCCCGAUUGCAGACUCAUCGAUUUCUUACCCUUCACUUGCGAUCGGUGUAAUCAGGUAUAUUGUUUGGAGCACCGAAGUUAUAUCCAACAUCAUUGUACAAAACCGAACAAACAAGAUGUCACUGUGGUUAUAUGUCCACUUUGUGCCAAAAGUGUUCGUUUAAUUCCAGACCAAGAUGCAAACAUAUUAUGGGAACAUCAUGUCAACACAGAUUGUGACCCAUCAAAUUACGAAAAAGUCACAAAAAAGAAAAAGUGCCCUACCCAAGGAUGCAGGGAGACACUAGUUUUCUCAAACACUAUCAAGUGCAGAGACUGUGAGGUAGAACAUUGUUUGAAGCACAGGUUUGGACCUGAUCAUAAAUGUCCAGGACCCAAAAAAUUGGAAACUAGUUUUUCAUUUAUGAGUCUUCUGAAUUUGAGUAGUGGAAGUAGUAGUAAAGAAGAAUCGAAAUCCAAUUGGACUUCAAGCCUUCUUGAGUUGGCUUCUAAAUUGAGUGGAAAAAAUCAAGACGAGAAAUGUCCACUUUGUGAUGCAAAGUUUUCGUCAGUUACUAGUUUGGUAGAUCAUGCAAAAAAAGUCCAUGAAGGAAGUAGCAUUAAGCGAAAUGGGGUGAAGAAGGUGUCGAUUUCUGCAUGUCCUAAGUGUAGUAAAGGUUUUCUUGAUCCAAACUCUCUUGUGGAGCAUGUUGAGAGAGAUCAUGGUGGUAGUUCUUGA